CCACCCCCCCCCCCGCCCCAAGCAUAAGCUGGGCUGCUCCUGCCUCUGGUAGUGGAAGGUUGAGCUGGGCUUCAUAAGGGCGGGAAGGUUUCUGCAGGAGCCGCUGGGAAGCCUGACAUGCUGCGCGUGCCUCAGGUGCUGCUUAGCUCCGAAUGGGUGGGAUUAAAGUGUACCUGGGGGGGAGCCAUGAGGCAGGCAGAUGUCAUUUGUUGUGAUGCGAAGGAAGGGGGGGGGCGCGCCGCGGGGAACGUAUAGCCACAAAAAGUACAGAGCCCUUUUGAAGAAAGAGAAACGGAAGAAAAAGAGACAAGCACUAGCAAGACUGAGAGAUUCAGAAAAAGGAGAGAAAGAUGAACAGGUUUCUGAAAAGCUAGAAGAUGACGACCUAGAUGAUGAAGAAAAACAACUCGAAGAUGAAAGGCAGAGGCUUCAUGAGGAGUGGUUGCUGCGAGAAGAAAGGGCACAAGAAGCUUUUAAGAUCAGGAAAGCAAAAGAAGAGGCAGCAAGAAAACGUCAAGAGGAGGAAGAGCAAAGAAUAAAAGAAGAAUGGGAGGAACAGCAAAGGAAAGAACAAGAGGAGGAGGACCGGAAAAAACAAGUGAAGAGAGAGAGAGAGGAAGCUGUGCAGAAGAUGUUGGACCAGGCUGAAAGUCAGGUAGAAAAUGGAACCACCUGGCAUAAUCCAGAGCCCCCAGAGAAUAUGGGACGUGAAAAAGAUUGUGCCAAUUGCCCAUUCUAUAUUAAAACUGGAGCUUGCAAAUUUGGAGACAGAUGUUCGCGGAGGCAUAACCAUCCAACCUCUAGUCAGACACUCCUUAUUAGGGGUAUGUUUUUCACUUUUGGGAUGGAGCAGUGUAAAAGAGAUGACUAUGACACAGAUGCCAGCCUGGAGUACAGUGAGGAAGAAAUGCACCAACAGUUCCUAGAUUUCUAUGAAGAUGUACUUCCUGAAUUCAGGAAUGUGGGAAAGGUUAUUCAGUUCAAGGUGAGCUGCAACUUUGAACCUCAUCUUCGAGGAAAUGUUUACGUUCAGUACCAAACAGAACAAGAAUGUCAGCAGGCUUUUGCUUUAUUCAAUGGUCGAUGGUAUGCAGGUCGGCAGCUUCAAUGUGAAUUUUCUCCAGUAACAAGGUGGAAAACAGCUAUUUGUGGUUUGUUUGAAAGGCAAAAGUGUCCAAGAGGGAAGCAUUGCAACUUUCUUCAUGUGUUCAGAAAUCCAAACAAUGAGUUCUGGGAGGCCAACAGAGAUAUUUACAAUACCUCGGAAUGGACCAAAGAGGCAAGUAAAUAUUCAGAAAGGAGAAAUAGAGCGGGAUACCAUGAAAACUAUUAUAGCAGGUCAAGAAGAAGAAGUAGUCAAAGUCCAGAUCACGCUUACAGCAAAAGAAACGGCGACUCUGAAAGGGAAAAGAGUUAUCACAAACGUAAGAAAAGACAAUUUCCUGAGAGGUCACGAAGUCGUGGAAGGCGACGGUCACGCAGUAAGAAGAGGCGAGGCCGGAGCCGCAAUAGGAGCCCAACACGUAGCCGUAGCAGAAGUUCCUCUCGGUCGAGAAGUCGAGGUAGAAAACGAUCCAGCAGCAGAGGCAGAAAUAGUUGAAUUUGUUGCUUAACUACCUUUCAAGAUACUUGUGGAUAUAAAAAUUUGGUGCUUACCAGAGCUGUUGCAUACUAGAGACUUGCCUGUGCCCUAGAAAUAAAGCUGACGUGGGCUAUCUUUA